UUUCUCGUCGAACACGGCCAGCGUGGUUAUGGAAAACAAAUUAUUCCCCGCAUCAAUCUAACGCUAUCAAUUUUCUGGGAAUCCCUUUCUCCCUCUUUCCUCUCUGUAUUUACUUGUAUAGUUGUAUGCGUGCUUGUUAAACAGGUUUUAAUGGCGGACAAACCAAGUAGAGCUUUAGUGCUCUAUGGCUAUGGCUUAGCGCCUUACAUCACCCCCUUUCACUCCCACAUUCACGCUCUUGCAUCCAGAAGUUCCUGCGGCUUCUUAGCGAUUGAUGAUUCCUCCCCUACUCCAGAAUUUGCAGAUGACAAGCUAAUCAGAGAACUGGCAGAGCUACUGGAUGCAAAUGAAGCUGUUGAAAAGAAGGAUUUUGGAUCAGAAGCUUUGAAGAAACUCCCAAACUUAAAUGAAAGGUUCAUGGGAAUGAGAGCUGCUAUAAUCUCUAGCAGUCCGACUGUCAAAUGCUUUGGUGAGAAGCUUGGUUUCACUAACCUGGAAUUUAAAUCAGCUGAUUUUGCAGCUGAAGAGUUGCUAAAAAUGCUUGGAUUUCAAGAUGGGAAAACAGUUGAUGACCAUUUUGAUCUAGUCUUUGUGCAUAUUGGAUCACUUGUGGGGGAAGAAGGUGCACAAAAUGAUAUUGACUAUGUAAACAGUUUGGUUGGGACGAUAUUGCAAUUAGCCCAACAUGGGUCAGAAAUUGCAUCCCGUUUGCAUUUAACACUUAUCAUGAGCUAUGGAGCUGUCACAGUAGAUGAUCCGAACUUAUCAUUGUUGUCCUUGCAUGAUGAAAACGACUCUGACCUUCAGUCCCUUUUCCCUCGUCAAAGCUAUACUCUGAAAGGAGCAAAUCCAAGAAAUGGAAUUAGGCACCAUAGCCCGAUUCUAAUAGCACAAUGGCAGGAUGCUGUAACUCGUAAGGAUAUGGCGCAAGAGUUUUCUUUCAGUGAAUUCAAAGAGAACUGUGGAAACCUUGCAAUAGCAGCUGAUAGAUUUUUACAUGAGAUAGCCUUUAAGCUAUGGAAGGCACCGAAAUAUGGAGCAUAGAAUGCGAGAUGGAGCUCUACUGCAUAUGACAUGGGACUCUGGAGCUAUACUAACAAGAAUGCAGUGAAGUUUAGUCUGGUCUGAAUGCUGAUUUCUUGUCUAACAUCAUCACUCAACAGUCAACAGCUUCAGACUGACAAUCCUGGAAACGCGAAGCUAGUGUUCUGAGAUGGGAGUGAAACAGAGAAUUGUUGCAUCAACUACUUUAAAACAGAUCUCCUGUAAUAGGCUAACCACCUGUAGGAGUUUUGACUUGUUAUUUUGUCUUCGGGUGUAUUGUAGCCAAAAUCCAGAUUAUAGAGUCACUGGAAUGCUAUAAAAGACUCGGAUACUGUCUUGCAUUUGCAAUAAGCUGUGUGAAAUUAAACGAAGAGGAUACUACGUAUGAAAAGAGUGUUGUACCCUUCUAAAUUUUACUUGGAAAUCUUAAGGGCCUGUUCGA